ACGAUACUGCGGAUCCUCGAAGAAGACGACCGAGGAUAACUUUGCCUGUGUGAUUGGGAAUCGACACGGGCAUACACUUCAACCCAGCUGGAAUGGAUACGAGUGCUGCGACGAGAAGCGCUCUGCUUGAUGCGCUCGACUCGGUGAGAGGGAAGAAGUAUUUAGUGCUUGAUCGCAGCCUGAGUGGCCCAAUUGGCCUCAUCGUCAAGUUCUCCGUCCUACAAGAUCAUGGCGUGGAGAAGAUAUUCUGGUUGGAAGAAGGGCCCAUUGUGUUGCCGAACAAGAGUGCAUCAAUUGUGUACCUAUGCCGGAGUACUGUUAAGAACGUACGGAAUAUCGUCGGUCAUAUCAAAGAGCAUGCGAAGGACACAAGCAAUUCGUAUGACUACACUCUCCUGUUCACCCCGAGGCGAACAAUGAUCUGUCAGAAGAUUCUUGAGGACGAGGGCGUCUUUGGAGACGUCACCAUCUCCGAGUUUCCUCUUCUCUUCGUUACUCUUGAGCCAGAUGUGCUUUCCCUCGAACUGGACUCAGCGUUUGAGGACAUCUAUCUUCAUCAUGAUUACAGCUCGAUAUUCUAUUCCGCUCAGGCAUUGAUGAAGUUGCAGGAGAGUUACGGGCUGUUCCCACGGGUAUUGGGGAAAGGAGAUAAGGCACGACAAUUGACGGAUCUGCUGCUGAGGAUGAGGAAGGAGGUCGCAGUGGACGAUCCCCUCAACCCUGGCGCAAUGAGCUCCAGCACCGUUUUGGACAGUCUAAUCAUUAUUGAUAGAGGAGUGGAUAUGGCAACCCCUUUGAUGACGCAGUUAACAUAUGAGGGGUUGAUUGAUGAGUCGUACGGUAUCAAGAAUGGCUACGUUGAGCUUCCGCCUUCCAUUGUGGCGCCGACACAAACGACAGGGAAGUCCAGUUCCUCGGGUGCUCCAAUCUCGGAUAGCGCUGCGUCUGCAACGCAAAAGAAGAAGACACUACUGAAUUCUACCGAUAAGCUCUACGGCCAACUGCGGGAUACCAACUUCUCCGUAGUAGGCGGUCUCCUUAACAGGGUCGCCAAGAGACUGAACGAGAAUUACGACGAGCGACACCAAGCGAAAACAGUGACGCAGUUGAAAGGCUUCGUAGGCAAGUUGGGAGGGCUGCAAGCGGAGCAUCAGAGCCUAAGGCUGCACACUGCUAUUGCUGAGGAGAUCAUGGCCAAGACUGGGACGGAGGCUUUUAACAAGACUCUUGAGGUGCAGCAGAACCUCGUGGCGGGCGUUGAUCCAUCUACGCUCAUGCCGGUCAUGGAAGAGCUCAUUGCGCGGUCCGUGCCAAUUGCCGAUAUCAUUCGACUCCUUUCGCUUGCAUCAGUCAUGAACGGCGGUAUCAAGCCGAAAGACCUGGAGCAUCUCAAGCGUGAAGUUUUGCAAACAUAUGGUCACGAGCACAUCCUCACCUUUGCAGGCUUGCACAGGCUUGGACUGCUUGUUCCCAAGAUCAGCGGGACCGCAGCCCUCACCAGCGGUACUCCAAGCCAAAAGUACUCAUACAAUCAGCUGCGUAAAGGCUUGAAGCUUAUCGUCGAUGAAGUGAACGAACAUGAUCCUCAGGACGUCGCGUACGUCUACAGUGGCUACGCGCCGCUCUCGGUUCGCCUUGUACAAACCGUAAUUCAGAAGCGCGCAUUACUUCCCCCUAAUACCCAGUCCAAGGGAAGCGGUUGGAAGGAUUUUGAAGACAUAUUGAAGUACGUUAAAGGACCUGCGGUUGAUGAAACCCAACGUGACGAGGACGACGUUGUUCGAGUCCGUCGCCCAAACAGCGGGCAGGAGAAGAUUACAGUGGUUUUCUUCGUCGGCGGAGUUACGUACACCGAAAUCAGUGCCUUGAGAUUGUUGGCACAGCAGGAAAAGGGAAAGAAACAGAUUGUGGUAGCGACUACCGGCAUACUCAACGGAGAGAAGGUCGUGGACGCGGCAAUGAGUGCGAUACCUGACAUCAAGCAGGCUUGAGAGAGGUAUUAGAUACAUAAUUUGUAGCAUACCCGUGAUAAUCCACCUCCG